CAACGACACCAUCCCCCCGUUUAAAUCCACACCACCGGCACACCACUUAAACACACUGUCCUCCUCUUCUGUCCUGUCCCGUCCUGGCCACUGGAGGAGAGAAAUAAAACAGCAUCAGCAACAGCAGCAGCAGCAGCAGCAGCUCUCCACCGCAGCACCAUCACUGCUGCCUCUAGCCCGCACGGUAACAUGGUUUGCAGGAUUCGGCUGCUGUAGCCACGGGACACUUAGUUAGUCACUUAGCCAGCGAACAGUGUGGAUGUGUGCGAGCGUGCAUUAAGAAGCGCCCAGCAUAACCGCACGGAGGUCUGUCCCGCAACGCCGCUCAGCAGGAGCUCCGCAAGGAAGGCGUCCAGAGCGAGCCGAGCAUCCCCGCAUCUCUGUCUGCCGUCCUGCACACCGGCCCCGCUCCACCGCAGCAGGGAUACAACUCUCUCUCUCAUCCCGCCGGCACCAGCACCAUCGCUUCAUCGGGUGUGAAAAGCGGCCGGGCCAGAGCUACAGUAUAGCCGCUGUUGUCGCCAAGGAAACCGAGAGUCCCGUCCCGUUGCCAUGGGGAAACAGAACAGCAAGCUGCGGCCAGAGAUGCUGCAGGACCUCCGGGAGAGUACAGAGUUCUCCGACCACGAGCUGCAGGAGUGGUACAAGGGUUUCUUGAAGGAUUGCCCCAGCGGAACCUUGAACGUGGAGGAGUUCAAGAAGAUCUACGCCAAUUUCUUCCCCUAUGGUGACGCCUCCAAGUUCGCUGAGCACGUCUUCCGAACGUUUGACACCAACGGCGACGGGACGAUAGACUUCCGGGAGUUCAUCAUCGCCCUGAGCGUGACGUCUCGGGGAAAACUGGAGCAGAAGCUGAAAUGGGCCUUCAGUAUGUACGACCUGGACGGAAACGGGUACAUCAGCCGCGAUGAAAUGCUGGAGAUUGUACAGGCCAUCUACAAGAUGGUGUCAUCUGUGAUGAAGAUGCCAGAGGAUGAAUCCACGCCAGAGAAGAGGACGGAUAAGAUCUUCAGACAAAUGGACCUCAAUAACGAUGGCAAACUAUCCCUUGAGGAGUUCAUCAAAGGUGCCAAAAGCGACCCCUCCAUCGUCCGGCUACUCCAGUGCGACCCCAGCUCGGCCUCCCAGUUCUGAGCCCUUUUUAAUUUCUUUUCUCUCCUCUUUUUUUUUCUCCGCCUCACCCUCUCUCUGUUGCUGUUGAAACAGUCACUCAAAUCGAUGCAUGAUGGUUCUCGUUUCUCAUAUCAUCUUUCUGUUGUUGUUGUUGUCGUUGUGAGCAAGGAUGGAGGGAGAAGAGCGAGAAAAGUCAUCGCUUUCAUUUCAUAAUUCUGUUUUAUUUUGUUUUUUUUUUUUAAUUUGGGAAACUUAAUGGACAUUUAGUGCACGUUUAACGAUCACUCAACAGAAGCGCCCGUCGACGUUCCCGUAUUUCUCAUUCUGUCUCUGGAAUGUCGGAUUUCCAUGGAGCUUGUGACAAAAUGUGUUUUUUUUUUUUGUUGCUGGGUGGGGAUUGCUAUACACACACACAUGUAUAUCAUGUAUAUACUGUUCGUCCAUGUAUAUCAUAAGAUGAAGUACAAUUGUCUUCAUGUAUGGUGCACACUCUCUGGCGGUGAAAGGCAGUAUUAUGUAGCGUAGCUUUCCUGGUUCUGAUCCAGUCGGUCGGUUGGGAUUGAGGGUGGGGUUCUUGGGAUUUUAUUGCUAUAUGAUCUUUCGCUGAGAAAAAGAAGGCCUAAGAUCCCAUUAGGUUUAUAUUGAUAUCGACUUGCAUUUUGUUGAUUUUUUAAAUUUAAAUGCUUAUUUUUUGUUCAUGUGUACAUACUGUUUUCCUCUUCCAUGUGGUUUUAUUUAUUCAUUGUAAUAUUAUUAUUAUUAUUAUUAUUAUUAUUAUUAUUAUUAUUAUUAUUAUUAUUGUUGUGCUUUUACUUUGUUGUUUAAGAUGAUCAUAUUCCAGUUUACAGUGAGAGCAAGAGAAAAUGUUGAAGUCUUUGAGAUGUGUGGAUUAAUUACAGAGGAGGUAUAUGGAAUUCCAGUGAAGCGAGGGGAGGGAUACCUUGAUGCAUUUGAGCGACGACACCAGUAGCACAUAUCGUUUGAGCCGCCAUGUGUUUCUGAAGCACGGCUGUGCAUUAUUUGGUCUGAAUGCGUGUGCGUGCAUGUGAAUGUAAAAGCGUAUGCUUGGGGCUAACUUUUACAGUAUUACCAUGUUGUGUUGUUUCUUAAUUUGUAAGUAUUUUAAAGUUCUCUAACAAUGAGCAGUAAAUUUAAGGUAGUUGUAACCUCUCACCAUACUGCAUGACCUGAUGAUGACAAAAUCCACAGAAAAAAAACAAAAAAAAAAACAAACAAACAAACAAACAAAAAAAACAGUUUACGCACGUGGUAUCUUUUUGUAGUUCUGCAGCGUCCUCCUCAAGUCCUGGACCCGGGCAGAAAUAUUUCUCUGCCCUGCCCUCCCACCCCCUCGCUUUCUUUUUCCUCUGACAGACAGAGAACUCACUAAGGGCUCGUCCAUCACUCUUCUAGCUGAACGCUCUCCUGACCUCCUGGACUAACCUGGUUGCUGAGCAGCUACGACGUGGUUCGUGACGCAGCAGCGAGCUCAGACACGCGUCCUGACCGACAGACGUCAGUGGCUGCAUUUACAGUGGCACUCCUAUUAUCUUAUUUGAUCUCAUUUGUGAUCCAAGAAUGUCAAAUAAUUUCGAAUCUACGUCUCUGGGGGAGAACAAAAAAACUUCCGGUUGAGUCAAUGGACCAUGCAAACGCAAAUAAAACCAAAAUACUGUGCACAUGUAAACGUGGCCACUGGCUGCAGCACAGCCGGCCCAGCACCACUCUCAUACUGUGGGUCACACCUUAAUGCCCCCAUGAAUGGAUCUUUAUUGCCAUCUUCUGUUUUGAAGGUUAACCACACACUCUCAAAUUCAGUAUUUGAGGUGGCUAAGCAUUGGGCAAACUGGAAAAAAAAAACUUCAGUGCUCGUAAGAUAGUUUGAUCAAGAAAAGCAAGGCUUUUACAUGUGAUAAUGGAUUACCAAGGAGCGUUAUAAAAACUAUUAAAUGCUCAUUAAAUAGCAAAGCAGACGCUUUUUCCUUCAUUAGACCAUACCAUAUUCAUCCGUUUUUAUAUUUAAUAUCAUUUUAUGCAAUUGAUUUAUUUUUUAAGAGGCUAAAAAACAUCUGAGGUUCGCAAUAGGCUAACAUCAGGCCGCUGUUUAGUACCGGUUUAUAUGAUAUGCCCAAUAUUUCAUGACCUCACACACUGAAUUUUUCUGUGCUAUGAGGGCAAAGUGAGAGCCUGAGACUUGUCCCGGUGCAGCUUCACUCACACGACAAUAAGACUGAUCUAAAGUUAACUUGUACCAAACAUUUGCACAGGAGCUUCCUAACCAGCCGCACCUCUGCUUCGGGGAUCCUUUAGUGUCACUGCCUUCUGCUGGUAGGAUAAGGAACAACAGUUGCUAUUCCCUGGUCUACUGCAGUUUAAUCCUUUUCUAUUCUCACUGCCUGAUGAACUGGUACCUGUGUUGGACAAAUAUGCCCCCUUCUUUCUUCCUUCCUUCCCAACUGCCCCCUCCUUCCUAUUUUUCUGUUGCAUGAAAACCUCAUGUGAGGAUGUCAUGUUUGUUCUGUUGGACCUGAAAUAUACCUAUGUGUUUCAAAGCUG